UUAUAUAUACACUAAAUAAUUCCACGGCACUUAUGUAGUUUAGAUAUGUUUUAAUAUCAAUAUAGGCGCGGUUUCAUAAAGAGCAAGCACACCCCCGCACGUCUAGAUAAUUGGUUCACCCAAAAUGGCCGCUGGUUUCUGUCAGUCUCAAGUGAAACUUUUCGGAAAACGAGGAACAGCUUGACGGAACCAAAGCGCAAUUGAGGCUCCAAGCUGUGUUUACCCGGGUUGGUUAUGACUUAGUCGUCGACGGGUAGCAGCGUGGAGAGCUGGUGCUGAUCCGCUCGGUGAGCCCUGUUAAGUUAGCCGGCGCCCGCUUUGUGAAGCCCGUCGGAGCUCGGCACAGCGCUAGCCGCUCGGCUAACACCGCAUUUCGGACGCAUACUUUCUCUUUGUUUGGACCGUUUUCGGCUCGGUUCCAUCUCUCAGCAGGAUCGCUCUGUCAUUCCCGUGAAUGUCAGUCAACGUGGACCCACAUUCAGUGCGUCUGAUUUGAUAGCCCAACGCAGUUUAGAAACUCCGCCCUGUGAAAGUGGGGCCGCCGCAGCCUGCUGUGUCUUUCCCAGCGCCGGUUGAUGGAAAAGCUUCAGCACCUUAGCCAGGCAGAGCUGCAGGAUUUACUGGAUGAUGCAGACCGUGUCCAGUCACUGGCUUUGGAGUCCGAUGAGGUGCAAAAUGCCCAGCUGGAGAGGGAGAUGGCGCUUGCCUCAAACCGCAGCCUGGCCGAGCAGAACCUGGAGCUGAAGCCCCAGCUGCAGCAGGGCAGGCAGCGGCUGGUGGAGCGUUACGUGGAGCUGGAGCGUGUGAGGGCUGCAUACCAGCAGCACUGCUGUCACAGAGAUCAAAUAGCAGGACAGGUGUCUCCCGAGGGACUCUUCCUCCAGUUGCAGACAGAGGGCGCCAACACUGAGACUGAAUCUGAGGCUCUGGCCGAUGACUUCCUCAGUGGUUCUCUCCCCCUGGAGUCCUUCCUGGAUCGCUUCCUCUCGCUCCGUUCACUGGCCCACAGGCGUCGGGUGCGAAUGGAGAAGCUGCAGGAGCUCCUACGGCCGAAGCGGGAGGGAAGCAGUGAGCUGACAGGCCCUGGUCCCGGGCUGAUGACAUCACAGCCAUGCGCCAAGCCGGAGGGGGCACCUGGGGUCCCGUCACCAUGGCAGCCCCCGCUUCAGCAGCACAGUGACGUUGCUGCCUCAAAUGGAAGUGGCAGCAGCUUUACCAGCGGGCCCCCGGCACAGGCGGGCCCUGGCUUGCAUUACCCUCCCUACCCCGUUGCUCCUCCAAACUCACAGGUCGCAGUUGCACCUGCAGGCCCAACGAAUCCAGCAGCACAGUUCCCCUCCUACCCCGGCCAGGGCCCAGCUCUGCCCCCUUUCGGGCUCUCGUCCUGCCCUUACCCGACGCAUCCUGCAUUCCCUGCCUCACCAGCUCCCCAAUUUGGCCAGUAUGGUGCUCCCCAGCCCCAGUACCCUGCUCCCUACCAGUUUCCUAGGUAUGAUUACCCGGCCGGGCCGAGUUUACCUCCCCCCCAACCCCCCAUGGGCAGGUCCGGCUUUGUCCCCCAGCCCUACUCAUAAGUCCGCUGCUCUGCACACAGUCCUGCUCCCGUAUCCGUCACUCUCUGGGUUUUUUUCCGCGGCUCGGCUCGCAGUCUGGAUCCGGGCUUUUGGCAGUAGGGGAGGUUCUGUUAGUCAUCGUGGUUGUUGAGUGUGACCCAGGGGACGCUGCUGUGUGCCGCCGCCUUUGAGGUCCACUGUAGGUUUGUUAGCGUAUCUUCUGCACCCCCUCCCCCCGCUAAUGGUCCGGCUUUGUGCGCCCCAACUCCCGUUUUCAAACACUGCAGCUCGACAGUGAUAGAAGUGGCCGGUGCACAGUGAGGAGAAUGUGCCACUGCGUGCCGGAGCGUGUCAGGGCGUAUCAGGGUGUAUUGGGGCGUGUCGGAGCAUGUCAGCUCUCUCUGCACUUUACCAAUGAACGUUUCCCAAGAUAAUCCUUCCUAAGCUCACUGUAUGCCUGUUGCCCUCGCCGUCUGCCCCCCUGUCAACUUGUGAUCAGUGUGACACACUGAUUUUAUUACCCUCUCUGUCUGCCCCAGCCCUUUUUCCCGCUCCCCGCCCCAUCUGUUACCCCUGCUGUCCCUGCCACUCGUUACCCUCGUCCCCCUCCCCGUUUGUUACCCCUAUCAUCCGCCCUGGCCCUUUUUCCCACCCCUCGCCCCGUCUGUCUCCUCCUAGCCUCGCUGGUUUUCUUGGGAUUUUUUGCUUCAUCUCCUCACAUUACAGCCUCAUUAAAGCACCAUUGAACUUUGUAUAAAAUAUGAGACUAUCAGUAAUUUGUAUGAAAAUGAUCUAAAUGAAGGGAAAUGUUACAGAUGUUGUUUAAUCUUGAAUCCAUGUGGAAGGAAUUUGAUUUGUUAUGUGUCAGGGUGCUAAGAUGGUGUUUGACGUUUAGAUGGCAUUAACACUUCCUAAUGAGAAACAAGUUGAAUCUUGAUCUGCUAUUGACUGUAACCUGUUCAGUUUGUGUGGAUAUUAAACACUGAAGCAGUCACCUGUCA